GGCCGCGGCGGCGGCGGCGGCAGGGACGAGCACUAUGUUAAGGAUAUCUGUAAGAAGGGCCUUGGUAGGCCUUUCUAAGUCUCCUAAAGGAUGUGUUCGAACAAGUGCCACAGCAGCAAGCAACUUGAUUGAAGUAUUUGUUGAUGGCCGGUCUGUCAUGGUGGAACCGGGAACUACCGUGCUCCAAGCUUGUGAGAAGGUUGGCAUGCAGAUCCCUCGAUUCUGUUAUCAUGAAAGGUUGUCUGUUGCUGGGAACUGCAGGAUGUGCCUCGUUGAAAUUGAGAAAGCUCCUAAGGUUGUAGCUGCUUGUGCCAUGCCAGUAAUGAAAGGUUGGAAUAUCCUGACAAACUCAGAGAAGUCUAAGAAAGCCAGAGAGGGUGUGAUGGAGUUCUUAUUAGCAAAUCACCCACUGGACUGUCCUAUUUGUGACCAAGGAGGUGAAUGUGAUCUGCAGGACCAGUCCAUGAUGUUUGGAAGUGAUAGGAGCCGAUUUUUAGAGGGGAAGCGUGCUGUGGAGGACAAGAACAUUGGGCCUUUGGUGAAGACCAUCAUGACCAGGUGUAUACAGUGCACUCGCUGCAUCAGGUUUGCAAGUGAGAUUGCAGGAGUAGAUGAUUUGGGAACAACAGGCAGAGGAAAUGAUAUGCAAGUUGGCACAUACAUUGAAAAGAUGUUCAUGUCUGAACUGUCUGGGAAUAUCAUUGAUAUCUGCCCUGUAGGUGCCCUGACCUCUAAGCCCUAUGCCUUUACUGCACGGCCUUGGGAAACAAGAAAGACAGAAUCCGUUGAUGUAAUGGAUGCAGUCGGAAGUAAUAUUGUGGUAAGCACCAGAACGGGAGAGGUCAUGAGGAUUUUGCCAAGGAUGCACGAGGACAUCAAUGAAGAGUGGAUCUCUGAUAAAACCAGAUUUGCCUAUGAUGGGCUGAAACGGCAAAGACUUACCGAGCCGAUGGUCAGAAACGAAAAAGGGCUUUUAACCUAUACCUCCUGGGAGGAUGCACUCUCUCUUGUAGCUGGAAAGUUGCAGAGUUUUCAAGGCAAGGAUGUAGCAGCAAUUGCAGGUGGCUUGGUAGAUGCUGAAGCCCUAGUAGCUCUCAAAGAUCUGCUUAACAGAGUGGACUCUGACACCCUAUGCACUGAAGAGGUCUUCCCCACUGCAGGAGCUGGCACAGAUUUGCGUUCCAAUUAUCUUCUUAAUACUACAAUUGCUGGUGUGGAAGAGGCAGAUGUUCUCCUUCUGGUUGGUACAAAUCCGCGUUUUGAGGCACCGCUAUUUAAUGCUAGAAUUCGAAAGAGCUGGCUUCAUAAUGACUUGAAAGUGGCCCUUAUAGGCAGCCCAGUGGACCUAACUUACAGAUAUGACCAUCUGGGAGAUUCCCCCAAAAUUCUUCGAGACAUUGCUUCGGGUAGCCAUCCAUUCAGCCAGGUCUUAAAGGAAGCGAAAAAACCAAUGGUGGUUUUAGGCAGUUCUGCACUCCAAAGGAAUGAUGGGGCAGCAAUUCUUGCGGCUGUUUCCAACAUUGCUCAAAAGAUCCGGAUGAGUAGUGGUGUUACUGAUAAUUGGAAAGUUAUGAAUAUCCUUCAUAGGAUUGCAAGCCAAGUAGCUGCUUUAGACCUUGGCUAUAAACCUGGGGUAGAAGCAAUUCGGAAGAACCCUCCCAAAGUGCUGUUUCUCCUGGGAGCAGAUGGAGGUUGUAUCACUCGACAGGAUUUGCCAAAGGAUUGCUUCAUUAUUUAUCAAGGACAUCACGGUGAUGUUGGAGCUCCUGUAGCUGACGUUAUUCUGCCAGGCGCUGCCUACACAGAGAAGUCUGCUACUUAUGUCAAUACUGAGGGCCGAGCUCAGCAGACUAAAGUAGCUGUGACGCCUCCCGGCUUGGCAAGAGAAGACUGGAAAAUUAUCAGAGCCCUCUCUGAGAUUGCAGGUAUAACUCUUCCAUACGAUACUCUGGAUCAAGUAAGGAACAGAUUGGAAGAAGUCUCUCCUAAUCUUGUUCGAUAUGAUGACGUCGAAGGGGCUAAUUAUUUCCAGCAAGCAAAUGAGCUCUCCAAGUUAGUGAACCAGCAACUUCUUGCUGAUCCGCUUGUUCCACCUCAGCUAACGAUAAAAGACUUCUACAUGACAGAUCCAAUUAGCAGAGCCUCCCAGACAAUGGCCAAAUGUGUCAAAGCUGUCACAGAGGGUGCCCAGGCAGUAGAGGAACCGUCCAUAUGCUGAAGCGUCACCAGGAACCCAGUUUUGCCACAGAUAGUUCACGGACAGUUAUGUUGGAGUGAUCUCUGAGAGGAUUCACUUUAAAAAACAAUCUGAAUGAUGUAAUAUUUAAGCUUCUACCAUGCUUAUUUGAAAACCAUAUUAAACAGCAACAAAGAAAAUGAUGUUGCAGUUAUCAAAGAACUUCGAGGUUUCAGAACAUGUAUUGUGUGUAAACGUUGUUAAAUAGUUUAAUAAACAUGUAUACAGAUGCUCUUUCAUGUAAAAGCAUUGAUAAUCUUUGUGACAAAUACAAAGAAAAUCCUUAAAAUGUGAAUUGGUCUGUGUGCACAGAUCAUUUAUGUUUGUAAAAUGGAUGAAAUAAGAGCUUCCGUUAGGACCCACUUUUCUAGUGCUAAAGGAAAAAUGUAAGCCUUCUGUCAAGCUGGGUAUAUAGAAAAAAUAUAUGUAGUAUAAUCAUAGAUCUGUAUCUUGGAAAAUUAUAAUUAGUAAUAAGCAUGGUAAUGAUAGCUAGUGAUUAUUCAGCUUUUUCUGCGUGCUAACCACUCUGGUUUUACGUGCAUUAUCUUGUUUUGUUCUUGCUACAACCCUAUCAGAUAGUAUUAUUUCGUUUUACAGAUGAAGAAACUGAAGCCAGGGAUACUAGGUAGCUUACCCAAGGCAACAGCAAAAAAGUCACAGGCUCAAGCCUAAUUCUGACUCCAAAGCCCAUUGUUCUUAACUGCAAUGAAUGCAUAAUUUCCUCCCAUUAACACAGAUUCUCUAGGUUCUUACUUCCAAGAAUUAGUACUGAGAAGCUUAAUGGAUAACACAUUUUUCUGUUUUCUCUGGAAUCUGUUUAUAUAAUGUCAUGGUGAUUUAUGUGACAUUUUUCUUUGCAUAAUAGAUUACACACACACACCCUUGGAAUGAGGAAGGUCUCAAGAGAGAUAAUUUAGGUUCUCACUGGUGUUCUAUAUUUAUUAUAUUAACACCAUCUGCAGUAUUAAGUCAACUAAAUUAUUCCAGUAAUAGAAGACAAAACUACCAGCUUUCAUAAUUUUUAAUUGUC